AUGAGUAGUGAUUAUUCAGAUGAGGGUGAGAAGGCUAAGCAUCCAUCAUUUGUUGCUCCUAAGAAUUUUAAUGACUAUAAGUGGGUCUUAGGAACAUUAUUUUCAACAAAGGAGGAUUUUAAAGAAGCUGUUGCAAGUUAUGCUGUCCACAAUGGUAGGGAUUUAAGGUUUGUCCAGAAUGACAAAACAAAGGUAAGAGUGGGCUGCAAGGAAGGAUGUGGAUGGGUUUCUUUGUGUUCUAAAUUGCCUAAUGAGGAUACAUGGCAAUUGAGAACAUUAAAUGACAACCACACCUGUAAUAGAGAGUUCAAUGUAAGGAUGUUUAACACCAACUGGCUUGGAAAGAAGUUAUACUCAACUGUUAGAAUUAACCCUCAUGUGAAGUUAACUGCUAUAUGUGAGAAAGUGCAUGAGAAAUGGAAUGCUGGUAUGAAUAGGAUGAAGGCUUAUAGGGCAAGGAAGGUAGCACUCAACAUUGUUGAAGGUUCAUUCAAAGAGCAAUAUAGAAGACUAUAUGACUACACACAUGAGCUGUUAAAGUCUAACCCAAACAACACCAUCAAGUUGAAUGUACAAGCAACUGAACAACAACCUGAAGAACAUGUUAGCAGACCACUACUUCCAAGCUUUCAUAGAUUGUACAUGUGUCUGGAUGCUUGCAAGAAAAGUUUUCGUAUUUGUAGACCAAUAAUUGGAGUUGAUGGAUGUUUUCUAAAGGGUAAUUAUGGAGGUCAGAUACUUGGGCUGUUACCUGCACUAGAGGAAUUGUUACCUGGCGUUGACCAGAGAUUUUGUGUAAGACAUUUGUACAGUAACUUUAGAAAGAAGUUUCCAGGAAAACAAUUGAAGGAAAUCAUGUGGAGGGCAGCCAAGGCAACAUAUCCCCAAGCUUGGGAAAGGGAAAUGAGGGAAAUGAGGAAGGUUAAUGAGGAGGCCUACAAACAUUUGUUGAACGUCCCCCCAAGAUUUUGGAGUAAGUCUAUGUUUAAGUAUAAUACCAAAAGUGAUGUCUUAGUCAACAAUAUGUCUGAGACCUUUAAUAGUGUUAUAUUGGGUGCAAGACAAAAGCCUAUUGUAACAAUGUUAGAGGAAAUCAGAGGGUACCUAAUGGAUAGAUGGGCAACUAACCGGGCAAAGAUAGAGGAUUACAAUGAAUCUGUAUUACCAAGAAUUAAGAAGGGACUUGAAAGAAGACAAGAAAUCUCAAGGUUCUUUAUAGCAAGGUUGUCAGGUGACAUGAUUUAUGAAGUGAGACAUACAAAUAUGACUGGAGAAAAAUACACAGUUGAUCUAAAGAAGUUUGAGUGCUCUUGUAGGAGUUGGAUGCUCACUGGCAUUCCUUGCUAUCAUGCAAUUACUUGCAUCCAAAGUAGAUCUGAAAGCCCAACUGACUACAUUCCCUCCUUAUAUAGAAAGGAUACUUACCAGGCUUGCUACCAACCAUUGAUUUAUCCAACAAAUGGGGAAAACUUAUGGGAGUUGACACCAUAUCCGGAUAUACUUCCACCACCAACCAGAAGAGCACCAGGUAGGCCAAAAAGAAGGAGAAACAAGGAUGCUGAUGAAAAGAGGAAUGAUGCAACACAUGUUUCAAGAAAGGGGCUGCCAAACAAGUGCUCAGUAUGUGGUAUGUCUGAACACAACAAAGCAUCUUGUCCAGCUGCUCCAAGGCAAUCCCAAACUGCCACCUAUGUGGAAUCCCAAACUGCCACUAAUGUUGAAUCACAAACUGCCACCAAUGUGGAAUCACAGACUGUCCAAUCUCAACCAAUCCAAAGAAUGCAAACAAGACAGUCAUCUCUAAGCCAGCCCCAAGUUGGUGAAGCCCCAACAACAAGAGUCCAAACACGACAAACCAUCACAAUUGCUCAGUUGCUUGCAAUGAGAAGGGCAAGACAAGGACCAACUGCUGCAUUUCAGCCACCAACAAGCCAAAGACCAAAGCUGGCCAUAAAGAGAAAGGGAAAAUAG